UAAAAAUGAAUUAUGGAAAAUAAGGAACUUACUCAAGUGCUGGAGCUUUCAAAACGUGCAGAAGAAGGAAUUGUGUUCUUACAGCUCUAGACUUGCUCAAAGUUUAAUUUCAAAUGGCAUCAGCAACCAGCAAUAGCGCUAGCACUCUCCCCAACAACUCGCUCCUCGCGGCAACAUCCGGAGCAACCACCAUGCCGAUGGCACAACUGGCGGACGGCUGGCUGGAGCUGGAGUCCGAUCCGGGUCUCUUUACCCUUCUGCUAGAGGAUUUCGGCUGUCACGAUGUACAGGUGGAGGAGGUGUAUGAUCUGCAGAAGCCCAUCGAAAGCCCUUAUGGCUUUAUAUUCCUUUUUCGCUGGAUCGAAGAGCGACGGGCCAGGCGCAAGAUUGUGGAAACCACCGCAGAGAUCUUUGUGAAGGACGAAGAAGCCAUUUCCAGCAUUUUCUUCGCUCAGCAGGUGGUGCCCAAUAGCUGCGCUACUCACGCCCUGCUUUCCGUUCUCCUGAACUGCAACGAAAACAACCUGCAGCUUGGCGACACCCUCAGUCGCCUGAAGGCACACACGAAGGGCAUGAGUCCAGAGAACAAGGGCCUGGCCAUUGGCAACACUCCGGAGCUGGCAUGUGCCCACAAUUCGCAUGCCAUGCCGCAGGCCCGUCGACGCCUGGAGCGCACUGGAGCCGGUGUCUCCAGCUGCCGCUUUACUGGAGAGGCUUUUCACUUCGUCAGCUUCGUGCCCAUCAACGGUCAGUUGUUUGAACUGGAUGGCCUAAAGCCCUAUCCUAUGAACCACGGCGGAUGGGAGGAUAACGAGGAUUGGACGGCCAAGUUUCGACGUGUGAUGGCGGAGCGCCUGGGAAUCGCCACUGGGGAGCAGGACAUACGCUUUAACCUAAUGGCUGUAGUGCCCGACCGACGAAUAGCCAUAACGCAUAAGCUCAAGAUGCUGCGGACCAAUCAAGCUAUCGUCUCUGGAACCCUUCAGAAACUGCUGAAGGCGGAUGAGCAGGUAGAGUCGGGCAACGGAGACUCACAACGCCCGGAUACACCCACCACGCUCCUGGAGCCUAGCGCCUUUACUGCCCGGGAUCUGCAGUCGCUGCUGAAGAACUUGGACACCGAGAUAGCCAUUAACGAGCAGCAUUUGGCCGACGAGAACGAUCGCCGUCACAUGUUCAAGGUGGACGCCAGUCGGCGCACGCAUAACUACGAUAAGUUCAUCUGCACCUUCCUCUCGAUGCUGGCACACCAAGGCGUCCUUGGUGAGCUGGUUAGCCAGCAUUUGCUACCAUCGAAAAAGGUCAGCGGCCAGGGAGCAGCUAACCGGAUAAAUAAGCAGAGCAAUGUAUCCGCCGCUGGCUCAAACGCUGGCGGAGCGGGUGGAACAGUGCCAAAAACGGCCCAGCAGCAGGCGGCAGCGGCAUCGAAAAAUGGCAAAUCUCCAAACAAAACGCCGGGCAGGAGGCGAAAGGGACGCAACAAGUGCAGAAAACGAAAGUAGUCGCAUUUAGGAGCUUUUUUAAGAAUAGAAAUUUGCAUUUUUAGACUACGUUCAUUCCAGUAUUCUUUUACUGUAUGUAAUAACCCCCACCAAUCACCCAUUUAUCUAUAGGUUAUCGAACAAGUUUAGCGUAUUAAAUUGCCACUUUUUCAAACAGAAAGUCCACUUUUGGCAGCUUCUUAACUUUUAUUUGCUCGACCGAUUGUCGACCAUUUGAAUAAUAAAAAACCAUUUUGUUCAUGAUUAAAUGUCCUUGCGGCCCAAGGACCCAAAAGUGUA